AUGCAGUCGAUCCCCCCAAUUACCGUCACUGUGGGUGAUUCCAACCAGACAAUCAUAGUGACACCGUCAACUCCAGAGAAACGGAUGCGCCGAGCGCGCAAGGGAAAUCAUUUGGCUGUUUCUGAGUCAAAGACCAAGAGCUUGUUAUCGAAUGAGAUUGGCGAUGCUCUGAUGAACCAGCUCUACGCGGCUCCGAAACGCGAUGAUCACGAUGAUCCUCUCAAUACCUCGUGUGUCUCCCUGCUGGACCACCUGCAAAAGAACAUCGCCGCGACUUCGGUAACUUCCUGCGCCAGCUCAGCAAGUUAUAGCACCCGUACAGCAGCUGAGUCCGCCUCCACACCUGGAACGAGUGUGGGCAUCGGUGAAGCAUUGGAUGGCACUCACACACAAGUGCCGAUAGACAUUGAUUUUUCACAUACAAACACGGAAUGUUAUCGCACGAAGGCCACGAAGAAAUACGGCGGUGACAAGGCGAUUGUUUUCAGCCUCGAUGAUUUCAAAACGAUGACAGCCAUUGAGCAGCUAGCCGCACAACAUGGUCGGGUAGCACACAUGGGGAUCCUCGACCACAGCUAUCGAUUCUUUGUGAACAAAUCCCGAACCGGGGCAUUGUCCUUCAAGGUUCAAAACGGCGUCGCAGUCGUCGGUGGAGACCCAUUAUGCAGCCCAGAUGCAAUCGCAGAAUUAUUAUCGGAAUUCGCAGCGUACCGACGACGGCAUCGCUGGAGCAUAGCAUUCAUGGGCGCUAGCAGGUCCUUCUUGCGCGAUUACGCCCACCCAAAUGGAUGGACGACAAUCCGGUUCGCCACAGAGCGUGUCCUCAAUCCCCAAACUAACGAUAUCCUCCUCGAGCGAAACGGUAAACGCAUCACUACCCAGAACCGCCAACUCCUAAACCCAAGGAAAGGGGGCAUCACCCUAGGUGUGUACGCCCCAGUCGUUCAUGGUACAGACCCCCAACUCCAAUCCGAACUCAUCGCCAUCUACGACGCCUGGCGUGCCGAACGCAACUGCUCCACCAGCCCGCAGGCCUUCAUAACCGUCUAUGAUCCAUUUGCCCUCCCCGCCCUCAUGACAUUCAUAUACACACGCGGCGCAGAUGGAAUGAUCAACGGUUUCGCCGCACUCCGACACCUGGGCUCAGGCGGGUACCACGUUGACCCAUGCAUCGCAGCUCCAGGCAGCCCAAAAGGAAUAAGUGAUCUUCUCCUCGUCGCCGCAAUGGCUCUGCUAUACCGUGCCGGCGUAUCAUACCUCGGGUUCGGGUUCGAGCCUCUAAAUGCCCUGGUCCGGGAAGAUGUCUCCGGCAUGCCAGCCCCGCUCGGGCGCUUCACCUGUAACCUAUAUGGCCGUGCGUUCCAUCGUCUACCGAUUGGGGGAAAGAAGGCAUACCACGAUAAGUUUCGCCCGGAUUCUGCUCAGGACUCGGCUCUAUACCUUGUCUUCCCGCCUGGCAUACCUAGUCCGCGGCAUUUGCUGGCUAUGACACAUAUGGCCAAUAUCAGUUGGCGGAAAAUCUUCUGGGCAGAUGUUCGGGGCUGGGCAUUGACUCGCAGGUCGAAGGCUGCGGCUAAGGGUAUCGAAUCACUAGAUGAGAAGAAGGGUGCGAAACGGUGUGAUCCGAUUGAGCAGACACCCAAGACUGAGACUCUUGACAAGUCGCCACCACCGGCUCCGUGA